AUGACGUCCAAUGCCACCUUCCGCUUAUCUUUCUUUCUUUCCUUCUUCCUUACCUUCUUUCUUUCUCUCCUUCUUUCUUUCUUUCUUUCUAUCUUUUUUUCCUUUUUCCUUCCUUCUUUCUUUCUUUCUUUCUCGUUUAUACCCGCAUUUCUUUCAUUCUUUCUUUCUUUCUUUUUUUCACCUUAUUUUUUUUCUUUCUUUCUUUCACCUUAUUUUUCUUUCUUUUUCUUUCUUUCUUUCUUUCUUUCUUUCACCUUAUUUUUCUUUCUUUCUUUCUUUCUUUCACCUUAUUUUUCUUUCCCUCUUUCUUUCUUUCACCUUAUUUUUCUUUCUUUCUCUCUUUCUUUCUUUUUUUCUUUCACCUUUAUUUUUUGUUUCUUUCUUUCUUUCUUUCUUUUCCAUCUUAUUUUACAUUCUACCAAAUAUCUUUCUUUCUUUCUUUCUUUCUUUCUUUCUUUCACCUUAAUUUUUUUUUUUCUUUCUUUCUUUCUUUCUUUUCUUUUCUUUCUUUCUUUCUUUCUUUCACCUUAUUUUUUUUUUCCUCUUUCUUUUCUUUUUAUUUUUUUUUUCUUUCUUUCUUCUUUCUUUCACCUUAUUUUUUCUUUCUUUCUUUCUUUCUUUCUUUCUUUCUUUCUUUUCCAUCUUAUUUUACUUUCUACCAAAUAUCUGUCUUUCUUUCUUUCUUUCUUUCUUUCUUUCUUUCUUGUCAAAAUCGACCGGUCACUCGGUGCCCGACAUCAUGAACGCUUUUUUUUAUUGGAGUGGGGGAGGAACCUCUCUCUCUCUCUCUCUCUCUCUCUCUCUCUCUCUCUCUCUCUCUUACUCCUUUACAAAACGCAUAACAUUCGAACAUUAAUAAUUUUUUAUCUAUCUAUCUAUCUAUCUAUCUAUCUAUCUAUCUAUCUAUCUAUCUCAGCAUAUAUUGGUUUGCUUUGCUUUGUUUUAUGGCAUAUCAACCUCAAUGGGUUAUUUAAUGCCGGCAAGAUUUUUGUUGCUGGUAAUAUUUUUAUCUAUCUAUCUAUCUAUCUAUCUAUCUAUCUAUCUAUCUAUCUAUCUAUCUAUCUAGCCCAAUUUUUAAUCUUUCUCUCCUUAUCUAUCUAUCUAUCUAUCUAUCUAUCUAUCUAUCUAUCUAUCUAUCUAUCUAUCUAUCUCAGCAUAUAUUUGUUUGGUGUCGUGACCAUUGCUUAUACCGCCGGCUUCGCUGCUUCCCGCUUCUUUUUCAAGCAACCACACUCUUCAUAA